UGAGCAACAAAUUUCGUGGGUCUGGCAGCUCUGCUCAUUGUUUUGUCUACGACUUUUGUUUGUUGACUUUUUAAUACGCGUUGAACUGCUCUCUAAAAUGGCCGAGGAAAUCGAUGACAACGAGUUCUAUAGAGAAAACUUUAGCGCCGACUCCGAUUGGGAAGUGUUCAAUGCCCAGCUGGGCGAAAUACUCCAGAAAUGGGAUGUAUCCUCCGAUUCUGACGUGGGCAGAAGUCUACGGCCCGAGGAAAUCUUUCAUUGCAAGUGGAAGGUGCAACAAGAGAAGCUGGACAUACUAAUGAAUCGAAAUGGCAUCGAAGUGGAGUACCAUCAAGCCGUUUUAGAUGAGGAUGAACUGACGGCGCGGGAGGAGAUCAAGGAAAAUACAUGCUUGCAACGCACCAUUUGCCACGAGGAUCUGAUGAGUUUAGGAAACAGUUUUGGUCCGCCAAUAAGGAGCACCCAGGACCUGCACACGCUCGCCAGGAUCUACGGCCUGAGAAGGUUUAUUGUUAUGCAUCCUGCCAGCCCGAAUCUUAAAUACAUGAAGUCCACUUCGGAGUUUAAUUUCUUUUUAAGCGCCGCUGCUGUGGUGGCUGCGGAAGUUCAGAGUGUGGUGCCCAUUUUCGUACAGAUCUACGAUCCCAAGUGGAACUUCUACACAGGCUUAGCCUUGGCGCCUGCUCUUAGGACUAACUUUAGGCUGAUUGGGCUGGAGAAAGCUCCGCCAGAGUGCCGUUUUCUAAUGGGCCUCCUUACCCUGUUCAGGGAAAAGGUACCUUCUUCCUAUAACCAGGCGGCCAAGAUAUCGGUUUGCACCACUUACGCCUUAGAUACCAUGCGAAUUCGCAUGCCCAUGUAUGUUCCUUUCGAUCAUGGUCUGAGCUCCGAGGAUAUUGUUGUGGAUGGUGAGGUUUUCCAGAUAGAACUUCAAAACUUCUACGCCCUGCCACACGGCUAUACACCGGAAUCCUGCACGGAAAUCUACUUGGUCUACACCUGGCCAGAGUUAUCGGAGCAUGUGGCCUUCGAUAGUGAACAAAGAACCGAUUUUAUUCCAUCGAAAGCUCCACUGGGAAAAGUUUACCUGUCCGUCGAGGCGUCUUCGUACCUCUCUUGUUGUCUGAAAUAUUACCAAUCUGUUGGAGAGAUAACUCGUUCACUAGAAUCGUAUGUGGGCAGAAAUUUUUCGGGUAUCAGUAGCGGAGCUGAAGGUGCCUCCAAUCCUCUCGAUCGAAUCACCUCCCACAAACUAUCCCCAGGCAGAGAUCGUAGGUACAAUCUUCCAUCCCAGGCUGGUCUAACAAAGCGUCUGCCCGGACCCAAGACAGAGAGCGAGUUAAGCGAACUGCUGGCCUACCUGUUUCCUGAUAUGCAUCCGGAUAUGGCCCUGUAUCCAUAUUCAAAGAACAACUUCAAGGAUAAGUUCGAUCCGAUGCGCAUCAAAAGUGCUGCUGCCGACUCUUUGGUCUGCCGCCUCAGCUGCCUCCUGGCAAACUGCCACGCCCACCUGGGAGGCGUCGAGGGCAUGGCUCAGUUGUGGGCCGCCUUCACUCGGCAGCUCCGGCUGCUGUGGGAUAACUCCUUGACAGUGCCAGGAAUUUCCGCUGGAUUUCCCGACACGCGCACCUGCCUUCUCCACCAGAAACUCCAGAUGCUGAAUGUUUGUGUGGAGCGUCGCGUGCAACAAGAGGCAAUUGGCAAGAAAAGAAAAUCCGAGGGAGGGAAACCCAGUUCCCAAGAGGGGCCGGAAGCCGAGGAUGAGGAGGACGAUGAGGGAGAAUUCUUCGACUGUGAUGAGCCCACCGCGGGUUCGGGUUCUCCGACAAAAGCUGUUCUCAGCCUUAAGCCCGAGGGCCGCUUGAAGCGUUUGAACGACGAGCGAUUGCUGGAGGAACCCGAGGAGUAUCUCUACAUACCAGAGACCCAAGAGCCUGUCCCCAAAACGGAGGAUCAGCUGCAGGACGAUGCAGAGGUCAUGUUGAAGCUAGGUCCUUGUUCUGGUCUCACGACUCAAAUGAUGUGCACUUCCCUGCUCUCCGACAUGGAGGCCUUUAAGGCUGCCAAUCCCAGGGGACAAAUAGAGGAUUUCAUACGCUGGUACAGUCCCAAGGACUGGGAGGAGGUCUCAGAUGAAAAUGGCCAGAAGAAGCAUCAGUUGAGUGUAAGAAUGACCACCGAGGGCAACACCUGGCUCAAGGUGUGGGAACAGGCUCAGGCUGUUCCGGUUAGCAGGCAGAAGAGACUUUUCGAUGACACCAACGAAGCCUUAAAGGUUCUCCAUUUCAUGGAGACACGAAAAAUUCACGAGAUCUACAAUCUGACUGUAAUUCCCUUGCUUCACUCAGCGAUACUUAAGCUUAUAGACAUUUUCAGCAAUGCGCAGGUGGAGGACAUUUUCACACCCCAGAUCGAGCAACUUCUGGGCGAUCUUUGCAGAGUUUCCCGUUCCCAUUCGGAUGAGCUACCUGCCAUAAAGCCCAUUUUGGAUAACCUGUCCGAGUUGGAGAGCCGUUUCUACCAAUUCAAGUGCUUUGAACGGCUCUCGGGAUGUCCCAAUAGGAUCGCCUUGCCUCAGGUGAAGCAGCAGUUCGAGGAGAUCCUUCGGAAUGAGAACUGUUGCACAAUCGUUAACCGAAGACUGACGGCAGCCGGAGAUGGCACCUUGUACGACAUACUCAUUCCCAAGCUGGAACAGGACAUGGCCGAGCGGCUGAUUAGCAAGGACUAUAUCAUACGACUCGAUGGGGAUACGAAGAGCACUGAAAAGGGUCUCUACUUGGGGCCGCAGUUCAUGAGAGCCAUUGUUACUGGCGAAAAGUUGAGACUCUGUGGGGCAUUUACUGAAAGUACAGCCUUUCUUUAAAGAGAUUUUAACUCAGCGCAAAAUAAUCUGAAAUAUAUAUUACUCUAUAAUCUGUAUAUCUAAUAUACUCCACUUUAAUAAUAUACUGUUUGGUGACAUAGGUGCUUUAUCAUUUUAUAAAAAUAAAAUAUAAAAAACACUA